GCAGUGGCAUUAGAGCAGCACCCGUCUGGAUGGUCUCAUCUUCCCUUUCGAGUGGAAAGCAUAACCAUGAAGACACCUCAGACAGUGACAUCCUUCAAGGAGGUGGCUGUGUAUUUUACUACGGAGGAGUGGGACCACCUAGAUCCCGGCCAAAGAGUUUUGUACAAGGACGUCAUGCUGGAGAACUACAGGAAUGUGACCUUCCUGGGCAAAAUAAUGGCAACACAGGAAGGUUCUGGGUCAUCUCCACUUGGCAAUGGAAGGGAGAGAAGUGCCCUGCAGCUGUCCAAGCUGGUGUCCUUCCAGGAGGUGGCUAUAUAUUUUACCCAGGAAGAGUGGGAACUCCUGAAUCCGGGUCAACGAGCGCUGUACAACGAAGUCAUGCUGGAGAACUAUGGGACUGUGUCCUCCCUGGGUAGGAAUCAUUUCCCCCUGGUGUCCUUCCAGGAGGUGGCUAUAUAUUUUACCCAGGAAGAGUGGGAACUCCUGAAUCCGGGUCAACGAGCGCUGUACAACGAAGUCAUGCUGGAGAACUAUGGGACUGUGUCCUCCCUGGAAAUUCCCAAACCAGACCUCAUUUCCUGGCUGGAAGUAAUAGACGAUCCAUUUGUCCAGGACUCUGAGGAGCAGAAGCGAUGGUCAAGGACCUGCUUAGAUGAUUGUGAGUACAGUGAGAAUUAUCGGGAGCUGGCUGUGUUGCCUUUGGGGAUUGAAUCCUCUUGUUCUCAGGGGACUGACCCUUCUGAACUCCAGAUCUCACAAAAAGACCACAGAGUAAAGAAAAUGGAAGAGGUUUCGAGCUUUUCUGAGAUGCUGAAAAGUUAUCUAAAAUUAAGUAGACAUUUCAGAAUCCAGACAGAGGAAAAGCCAUAUGACUGGAUGGAGUCUCCAAAGAGUUUCAGUGACCAUGAAAAAAUCUACAAACAACUAGGAAUUGGCAAAGAAAGGAAACAGUAUAAAUGCACUGAGUAUGGAAAGAGCUUCAGAAACAGUUCAGACCUUACUGCCCAUCCAACAACGGACAUACAGGACAAAUCCCAUAAAUGCAUGAAGUGUGGGAAAAGUUUCCAUAUGAGCUUCAGCCUUACUUUCCAUCUAAGAACUCACACAGAGGACAAACCGUACGAAUGCAUGAAGUGUGGAAAGAGCUUCAGGGAUGGCAGAACACUGGCUGACCAUCAGAUGACUCACCCUGGAGGGAAACCAUUUAAAUGCACAAUAUGUGGGAAAAGCUUUGCUCGGAAUUCACACCUUACUAGACACCUAACGACUCAUACACGUGAGAAAACCUACAAAUACAUGCAGUGUGGAAAGGAUGCAAAUGCAGACUCCGGCACAACUUGCCAUCCAAGGACUCACGCAGGUGAGAAACCUUACAAAUGCAACGAGUGUGGAAAGAGUUUCAGUCAGAAAGGGAACGCCAAUAAGCAUCAAAGGGUUCACACAGGGGAGAAGCCCUAUAAAUGUAAGGAGUGUGGAAAGACCUUCAGAGAGAAAGGACACCUUAAGGUGCAUGAACGAACUCACACGGGGGAGAAACCUUAUAAAUGUAUGGAGUGUGGCAAGAGUUUCAGCGACAGCGGACCACUGACUAGACAUCAAAGAACUCACACAGGGGAAAAACCAUAUCAGUGUAUGGAGUGUGGCAAGAGUUUCAGUCAGAAAGAACAUCUCAAGCUGCAUCAAAAGAGAUCACAUGGGGAGAAACUGUAUGAAUGUGUGGAAUGUAGCAAGAGCUUCACUAAGAAAGGGCAGCUGAAGGAACACCAGGAGAAGUCACACAAGAGGGAUGUCAUAUCUUCCGGGGAGAAAAGCGGAGCGUGGGGUUUGCCUUGGCGAAGCCGCUGCUUGGAGGGAAGGCGAGGAACUGGCAGUGGAAUGGCAACAAAGGCAGGCUCUGGAUUAUAUCCUUGUUGUGGUGGACCAGAAAGAAUGGCUGUACACCUGAUUCAGCACAUGUCCUUUGAGGAGGUGGCCGUGCAUUUCACCCAGCAGGAGUGGGAUCUCCUAGAUCCAGGCCAAAGAGCUCUUUAUACAGAAGUCAUGCUGGAGAUCUACAGGAUGGUGGCCUCCCAAGGAAUUCCCAAACCAGACCUCAUCUGCUGGCUAGAAAAAGGAGACGAUCCAUUUGAACAGAGGCAAUUGGCAAUAACCUGCUUAGGGGAUGAGAAUGGCCAGAAGCUACCUCUUGCAUCAUGGGAAGUUAAGAAGGCUGAAGAAGGAAGAGAAAUAGUUAGAAUUCCAAAAGGACCAAAGAAUCGCAAGCAAAACCAGUGCAAGAAAGGAAAGAAAGAAUCCUCAGAUUCUCAGGAAGGAGAUGGCAAAUUAAAGAGAUACAGAAUAAUCCAGUCAGGAUCAAAACAAGGCAUGGACCCUGCAAAACAUCUGAGUGACAGUGGAACAUUUUUUUAUAAAAGCAGCAUCAAAGGGAAGAAACCAUGGAAGUGCCUGGUAUGUGGGAGGAGCUUCGCUUUUAGUUCUAAUCUUGUUUUACAUCAAAGAACUCAUACAGGAGAGAAGCCUUAUAAAUGCAUGGAAUGUAGGAAGAGAUUCAGUCAGAAAUGGAUCCUUCAGCAACAUCAGAGGAUUCACACAGGGGAGAAACCAUAUACAUGUAUGGAAUGCGGAAAGAGCUUCAGACAGAAAGGGGACCUUAGGUUACAUCAAAGAACCCACACAGGGGAGAAACCAUAUAAAUGCAUGGAGUGUGGAAAAAGUUUCAGUCAGAAAGGGCACCUAAGGGGGCAUGAAAGCAUGCACACUGGAGGGAAACCGUAUAAAUGCCUGGAAUGUGGAAAGAGCUUCAAUUAUUGUGGGUCCCUUAGUGCCCAUAAAAGAACCCACACAGGGGAGAAGCCAUAUAAAUGUAUGGAGUGUGGAAAGCAUUUAUGUGAUAGUGCGUCUCUUACUUCCCACCAAAGAACUCACACGGGGGAGAAGCCAUAUAAAUGUACGGAGUGUGGAAGGAGCUUCAAUCAGAAAGGGGUCCUUGGGCGACAUCAAAGUAUUCAUACAGGGGAGAAACCGUAUAAAUGUAUGGAUUGUGGAAAGACCUUCAAUCAGAAAGGAGUUCUUCGGCGGCAUCAAAGUAUUCAUACAGGGGAGAAACCGUAUAAAUGUAUGGAAUGUGGAAGGAGAUUUAGUCGGAAAGCGAAUCUUAGACUCCAUGAAAUAACUCACACAGUAGAGAAACCAUAUAAAUGCAUGGAGUGUGGUAAAGACUUCCAUCAUAAAGGGGCGUUUAGGCUUCAUCAGAGUAUUCACAGUGGGGAUAAACCAUAUAAAUGCACGCAGUGUGAAAAACACUUCAGUCAGAAAGGUAUUCUUGGCCGGCAUCGAAGAACUCACACAGGGGAAAAGCCAUAUCAAUGCAUGGAGUGUGGAAAGAGCUUCAGCCAGAAAGCGAUCCUUAGGCGGCAUCAAAUAACUCACACAGGGGAAAAGCCGUAUAAAUGUACAGAGUGUGGAAAGAGCUUCAGUCAGAAAUCAUGCCUUAGUCGGCACCAAAGAACUCACACGGGAGAAAAACCGUAUGAAUGUGUGGGGUGUGGAAAGAGUUUCAGUCUGAAGGGGAAUCUUAUGCGUCAUCAGAAAAACGCGCACACUAAAGAAGCCAUAUAAACACAUGGUGUGAAAAAAGAGCUUGAGACAUUCAGAGAAUAGGAUUUUGUAUACUAGUUUCAGCACACCCAACUGGGUCCUAGCAUGUUCUUCUCUGCAACAUUGCAAAAAGAGAGUGUGUUUAGAUCUUCAUAAGUUCCAUGGGAACUACAAUGGGUUGUGGGACUGGUGGUCUCUCUGCUCAUUAAGCUUUGUACAUGGUGCCUUUCUAAAAUACUACAAAUUCCACAACUAUUGAAGCUCAGCAAGUCCCAUCUUCUCUCUUCCUUUACAAUACUUAAAGAAAAUAUGCUGGGCCUCACGUGUGUUAGGGCUUAGAUUUUUUGGCUACAGCUGCCAGAAUAUUCACUGGGUGAAUUCCUAGUAAAUUGUGGUUUUUCUAUUGAAAAAAAAA